AAUAUAUAUAUCUCGAAAUUUACCCCUACAGAACAAUUUAUCUAGGAAUACUUAUUUCAAUGAACUUUCAUUACAAAUACCAUGUUUAACUCAUACAUACUCUCGCGAUGGAUAGCCUCUCCCAAGCCGAACGCGGCCAAACCUCGACCACAAUCACUCCCGAGAGAAGAGAUAAUGAUAUCUCAGUAACAUCUUCUCAAGAUAAUCAGACAACUGAGGCCAACCAAUUAUGUCCUAUGCUACAAGAAACCGACCCUGGGAGCCUCUCAAGCGAAACGAUGAAGAUCAUCUCGUCCCAAGAAAUUCUCACCGACACACUCAAGAGUUGGGCUCGAGCUGCCGCUUUACAAAGCCUAUCCCAUAAUUUGAGUCAUCAUAGGCGAUAUGAUACGCUCUGGCACCGAGUUCUUUUAAAUGAGCAAAGCGAGAUAACAAGGAUGGAGAAAAUGCUAGCAGAUUUAGAUAAGAGAGACGAAAAUGAAUCAAACUCCACGUCACGAAGACCCAAACUCGGCCCAGACACUUGUGUACCUACCUUAUGCCGAUGUCCAAGCCAUAAAAAUAUCGCAUGUGGCGGGAAUAGCAAGAAUCAUCGCGAAGAUGACACGACUGCUAACUCUGUGUCUAAUCCAUGUACGAGAAAGCCCUGUGAUUGUAAUGAAGAGGACUUUAAGAGCGAUCUCUCAGAGACGAUCUUGAAACGGUUGAAACGUUACUCCGAGUCUGUACUCCUCUUACACCGACUCCAAAAGAUCCCGCAAACAACUCGUCGAGAAUGGUCUAGUCUAUACCAUACACUAAAGGGGGAGGGUGUACUAGAAGGCAGCGACUGGGACUUCUUGUCUUUCCAGGAUGAUUUCGUGAGCACACGAACCGAACGUGCCGAUCAAACGUUUGCCGCUCUUGUAUACGGCAACGCACCACUCUCUAGACUAUUCAGAUGGCUCUUCAAGAAUAGGAACCAUGGAAGGACUGGCGAUGAAGUGGCCAACAAGACAACUAUCUACCUACAUACCGGUGGCAUGGAGUCCCUGAAAAAGGGCCUUGUGGCUGCCGGAAGCGGUAUCAUCUUGAUGGUUCCAGUUGGGAUCCUGUUGCUUCUGCCUAUGGGAAAGGUCAACUCCCUUAUCGUGGUAGUGUGUUUCGGGGCAGCAUUCGUCUUCGCCUUAAUGCUCCUAGGCAAGACUUUCGACACAAUGCUCAUUGGCUUCUCUGCCUACUCGGCUGUUCUAGUUACGUUCUUGGCAAAUACGCAAGGAGGCGGAAACUGCACAUGCUGAAUAUUGGGCAUAUGGCCACAACUAAUCGUUCACUCAUCUGUAGGUUACCGGUUGGCUCGUCAUGUGGGGACUGGGUAGGUACUAGGUAGGUAGGCAUUGGUGAGAGCGGAUCGGCUUCACCCAAGGUUCUUACCUACAUGUGUAUCAGGCUAUUUCCUAUAUAAUGAUUUUGAAUAGACUUUGCAUUAGUAUACCUUAUCUACA